GCCAUCCCGCAGCAGCACCUGAUCACAGCCCUUUAAAUGGAGCAGCUGAAGUGGAAAGCCUUCACACAUCCCGAGCACUGGAGCAGGAAGGAAGGAGAGGAAAACGCCUCGGAAAGGAGGGAUGGAAGCCGUGUGAGGGGAUGACGGCUCUAUAGAAGGAAAGGAGGCAUGGAAGCCGUGUGAGGGGAUGACGGCUCUAUAGAAGGAAAGGAGGCAUGGAAGCCGUGUGAGGGGAUGACGGCUCUAUAGAAGGAAAGGAGGCAUGGAAGCCGUGUGAGGGGAUGACGGCUCUAUAGAAGGAAAGGAGGCAUGGAAGCCGUGUGAGGGGAUGACGGCUCUAUAGAAGGAAAGGAGGCAUGGAAGCCGUGUGAGGGGAUGACGGCUCUAUAGAAGGAGAGGAGGCAUGGAAGCCGUGUGAGGGGAUGACGGCUCUAUAGAAGGAGAGAUCCGUGGAAGGAGGAGGAGCUGCGAGAAAGGAGAAAAGCCAGGAGGGGGAAAGACAGCAAAAAAAAAAAGGGAAUGAUGCAGAAUUGAUGGAGAGGCACGAAUAGCAACAGACUGACAAGGAUACUGAGACAGCAGAAGAUACAGCGCAAGGCAAGAGAGACCCCCCCAACCAAGACACCUGGGAGACCACCAGGACACACAGCAAGGUGCAGGACAGCACAGGUACAGAGGAAUGUGGGGGGCCUGCUGCUCCUGGGAGCUGUCCAGUGCUGAAACCUGGAGGAUCAUACAAGCUGCUGUCCAGUGCUGAAACCUGGAAGAUCAUACAAGCUGCUGUCCAGAACUGAAACCUGGAAGAUCAUACAGGCUGCUGUCCAGAACUGAAACCUGGAAGAUCAUACAAGCUGCUGUCCAGAACUGAAACCUGGAAGAUCAUACAGGCUGCUGUCCAAUGCUGAAAUCUGAGGGAUCAUCAAGUUGUUGCCCACUGCUGAAAUCUAUGAGUUUAUCCAGGCUUGCAUUCAAAACUGCAAUCUGGGGAAUCAUCCAGCAAACUGCUGUCCAGUGCGGAAAUCUGGGGGACCAUCCAAGCUGCUAUCCUUUCUCGAGAUCUGGGGGACCAUCCAAACUACUGUCCAGUGCUGAAACCUGGAGGAUCAUACAAGUUGCUGUCCAGUGCUGAAACCUGGAGGAUCAUACAAGCUGCUGUCCAGUGCUGAAACCUGGAGGAUCAUACAAGCUGCUGUCCAGUGCUGAAACCUGGAGGAUCAUACAGGCUGCUGUCCAGUGCUGAAACCUGGAGGAUCAUACAAGUUGCUGUCCGGUGCUAACAUCUAGAGACUCUUCCAAACUGCUGUCCAGUGUCAGAAUCUGGGGGACCAUCCAAGCUCCUGUCCCAUACCAGAAUCUGGGGGACCAUCCAAGCUCCUGUCCCAUACCAGAAUCUGGGGGACCAUCCAAGCUCCUGUCCCAUACCAGAAUCUGGGGGACCAUCCAAGCUCCUGUCCCAUACUAGAAUCUGGGGGACCAUCCAAGCUCCUGUCCCAUACCAGAAUCUGGGGGACCAUCCAAGCUCCUGUCCCAUACCAGAAUCUGGGGGACCAUCCAAACUAUUGUCCCAUACCAGAAUCUGGGGGACCAUCCAAGCUCCUGUCCAGUGCCUAAAUCUAGAGGGUCCUCUGGGCUGCUUUCCAGUGCUGGAAUUUUGGGGUCUAUCCAACUUACUGUCCUGCGGCAGAAUCUGGGGGACCACCCAAGCUCCUGUCCCAUACCAGAAUCUGGGGGACCACCCAAGCUCCUGCUGGUAUCUGGGGAAACAUCCAGACUUGUGUCCAGUGCCGACCUCCAGAGACCUGAUGGUGCCCAGCAGAGGUUCUCCUUAUUCUGAGGGUUGGGACUCUACCCCUUUCCCUCCACUGGUUCCAUCUCUCUGACCCAACAGAACAUUUGGUGUCCCGUGUCGGGGAGCGUGGAGGAGAACUGCAGUUGAUGUCCCUCCUUCAGUAUCUUUCUUCAUUCUUCUUUUCACUUCCAUAACCCUCUCCUCCUCCCUGACCCUGCUCCGACCUUUCACCUCUGGAGGGGAAGAGGAACAAUGCCAAGGUCCUUUCUGGUGAAAAAGGUAAAGGACGGCUUCUGCUCGACUGACAGCGAGAGUGCGUAUGUCAGGCAUCGGUCAGACUUCACUGCGCAUAUCUCCGACAAAGGUUACAUCACUGAAUAUAUUACCCCCUCCGUAUAUGACGGGGACAGCGAUGGGGCUAUUAAAGUCCCCUCUCCAGACACCCUUUAUACAGCAGUGCACAGUGAAUAUGGAGCUCCUGACUCAGAAGCACCGGACAGCCCGCGCUCGGAGAUCACCGAGGGGUACAUCAAUGGAGACACAGCGGUCAGCGAGGGUUACUCAGUGGAUGCCUUCUUCAUCACCGAUGGGCGGUCACGUCGCAAGGUUUUGGCUGCGGGGCGUUCCAUCCAGAGGCACAGCUGUAGCGAGUGCGGGAAGAGUUACGCCACGUCUUCCAAUUUAAGCAGGCACAAGCAGACUCACCGCAGUCUGGAUAGUAAGCUCGCCAAGAAGUGCCCCACCUGCGGCAAAGUAUACGUGUCCAUGCCGGCCAUGGCCAUGCAUCUACUCACCCAUGACCUCAAGCACAAGUGUGACACGUGCGGCAAAGCCUUCAGCCGACCGUGGCUUCUCCAGGGCCAUAUGAGAUCCCACACCGGGGAGAAGCCCUUUGGUUGCGCCCAUUGUGGAAAAGCCUUCGCCGACCGCUCCAACCUCCGCGCGCACAUGCAGACACACUCCGCCUUCAAACACUACAAGUGCAAACGAUGCAGCAAGACCUUCGCACUCAAGUCAUAUCUCAACAAACACUACGAGUCGGCCUGCUACAAGGGGGUAGCGCCUCCGCUCAGCCCAAUGGAAGACUGAGGGUGGUACCGUCAUCGUCACCAUUCCACACUCAUCGAUACGGCAUCUUCUGGUCGCUCGCUUGUCCUGGCAUCCUUUCAGUGGCCAUGUGCCAGGUCUGAUGCUGCCCACUUCCGCCCCUUCUUCGCGUGGAUUGGAUGAAGGUCUUUCCUCUUAUUCCACGAGUUGGUUUUCUUCCAAUGUUCUUCCAAGGCUGGUGGAAACUUCUCACAUGGAGAAAUCGCAAGCAAUUGUUUUACAAAGUCAUGCACAGGACCCUUAUUAAUAUUUGCUUAUCAUUUAUCCAAUCAUUUUUAAUUAUAAACGAUCAGUCAUGGAAGCUAGGAAAGGGGCAGGGCAAAGUAUGA